GGCCGUGUUCUUGCGCAACUUCCGGUGGGGCUUCCUUUGGGAAUCUACACGGAAGUGCGGGGGAACGCCAGGUGAUUCGGCCUCCGCCCAGUGCCUUAGGCGACCCGAGCUCCGGAGCCGGGGCCGGAUCAUGAGCCUGUUGGCCGGCGUGACCUCCGAGCCGCGCACUCCUCUGUCGAACAUGGCCAGGAUUAAAAGGUUCAUGAAGAAGAACCAGAACGAGAAGUACCGGCUGAAGUACCUGCGGCUGCGCAGAGCGGCCAAGGCCACGGUGUUUGAAAAUGCUUCUAUUUGUGACGAAAUUGCUCGUCUUGAGGAAAAAUUUCUUAAAGCAAGAGAAGAAAGAAGAUAUUUGCUGAAGAAGGUGCUCCAGCUUCAUGCUCUAGCUGAAGGGGACCCGCAGCCCGCAGCUCCUUCCCAUGCCUCCAGUUUGCCCCUGGCUUAUGGUGCAGCCAGCUCUGUGGGAACUAGCCAGGGAGCUGGGCCCAGCACUGGGGCCGAGGAGCCAUUUGGGAAGAAAUCCAAAAAGGAGAAGAAAGAAAAGGGCAAAGAGAACAGCAAACUGGAAGUACUGAAGAAAACAUCCAAGAAAAAGAAAAUGGAGGGAGGUGCUCGCAAGCUGGUUCAGCCCAUUGCCCUGGAUCCUUCAGGACAGCCCGUGUUCCCCAUCGGACUAGGGGGUCUAACAGUGUAUAGCCUGGGGGAGAUCAUCACCAACCGGCCUGGCUUCCAUGAUGAGAGUGCCAUCUACCCUGUGGGCUACUGCAGUACCCGAGUGUAUGCCAGCAUGAAGUGCCCAGACCAGAAGUGUCUGUACACCUGUCAGAUCAAGGAUGGUGGUGUACAGCCUCAGUUUGAAAUUGUUCCUGAAGAUGACCCGCAGAACACCAUCGUCGGCUCUUCUGCAGAUGCUUGUUACGAAGAACUGCUCAGGGCCAUCAGUGCUACAACGGGGAAACUGCUGCCUAACCCACUUCCAUGUGGUGCUGACUUCUUUGGGUUUUCUCAUCCAACCAUCCAUAACCUGAUUCAGAGUUGUCCAGAAGCCCAAAACUGUGUCAAUUACCAGUGGGUGAAAUUCGAUGCAUGCAGACCCAGGAAGGGGCAGCUCUCCCAGGAAUUACCAGAGGACGAUGCAGCUAUGAGCCUUGAAGCCUUUCAGACGCAGACAUUUGAUGAUGACCAUGACGACUCCAUUCUGCCAGGAUCCCUGGACCUACCUGAACUUCAGCAUGAAGCCUUUGUGUCGUCUUACCAGCCUGAGUUCCUGACACACGAGCCCUUGGUAGACACUGACCUGCAGCACCUGAAGUCUCCAUCCCAGUGUAGCCCAAUUCAGGCUUCAGACUGAACAGGAAUUUAAAACUUACUCUGUGGAAGAAGGCAGCUGCUGAGAAGCAGGGGGCACUGACAUGUUUCAUUGUGAUGUUCCUGUGCUCACAGUGCGCCCUGGGGUAAACUUCAGUUGCCUUUACUUUUAAUAAUAAAUAUCUCUUAACAUUUCUGCUUAUUUUAUCUUUGUAGUCAGGAUAUGAUCAUUUUUGCUUAGCUUUCCCUGAAGUGAACUUAAAUCUUGAUA